CUCCCUCACGACCCACGGUGCUGUUGCGUUCACUCUCUCAGAGCAUUCGCUCGUUCCAUUCAUUGUCUGUACAGACGCCACUCUCGUUUCCCGUCACCCUGCAAUAGCCCUGGUCGGCCCCGGUUCCCCAGCUCGAAGCUGCAAUUCGCAUUCACUGUCCAUAGCCUACUCGAAAACAUCACGAAGCAUCACUAUCCUGCUUUUCCGAACGCACAGCAUCAUGUCUUCCAGCAUCAAGCUCAGCCUUCUGGCUCUCGCUGGCGUCGCUGCCGCCGUACCUCACUACGGCGCCCACAGCAAGUUCCACCACCGUCCCUCGGGCUCCGGCCCUUACUGGGGAGGCAACGCGACUCGUCCUCAUCCUACCGCCACCGGCCUCGCGGAGGAAGCGACCACGACUACAUACCUCGACGAGACCAUCACCUCGACCAUCACCUCCACAGUCUACCUCACGCUGUCUCCUAGCCCCGUCGAGGCCCCCAGCUCUGUCGGUGUUGCUGAGGCUCCCACGGGCGGUGAUGCUUGCGGUCCUGCGACCGUGUAUGUCACCGCUACGAGCAAGGUCACCGUGACUGUUCCUGCGGGUGGCGAGGCUUCAUCCGUCUACACUCCUCCAAGUACCCCCGAGGUGCCUUAUUCAUCCGCCGCCCCCGAGGCUCCGUCGAGCUUCGCCAUCGCCUCAUCUGCUGUGGUGGAGGAACAGCCCAGCUCUAAGGCUCCAGAGUACACUCCCGUGGUUACCCCAGAAGAGGUCUACAGCUCUGCUGUCGAGACUCCCGCUCCUUCCAGCGCGGCUCCUGAGUCAUCAGCGCCCGCCUCAUCUGCCGCACCCUCUGCGACCCCGUCCUCCCCCGCCUACUCUGGUGGCAAGCGAGGUCUCGCCUACCGCUGGGAUGGUGCCGCCGACUGCAAGAGCUUCGCCGACAAGGGCUUCGGCUUCGCGUGGAACUGGGAAUCCGACUCUCGCGGCGACAUCGGCGGAAUCGCCUUCAUCCCCACGCUCCGCACGCUCGACAACGCCGGUGACUGGGCCGAGAAGUCCGAGGCAGCCAUCAGCGGCGGCUCCACCGUCGUCUUCGGCUUCAACGAGCCCGACAUGCCGUCGCAAGCCAACAUGGGCGUCGCGGCCGCCUGCGACGCCUGGAAGACGUACAUGAACCCGAUCGCGUCGGCGCACCCGGACGUCACCAUCGUCGGGCCCUCCGUCAGCAGCAGCGAGACCGAGGGCCAGGGCCUCUCCUGGCUCACCCAGUUCCAGAGCCAGUGCACCGAGGCCGUCUGGGGCUCCGCCGCCUUCCACUGGUACGGGCCGUCGAGCGCGGGCUUCGACGCCUUCAAGGCGUACAUCGAGAAGGCCAGCGCGCAGAUCGGCAAGCCCUUCUUCGUCACUGAGUUCGGUCUCACGGGCGCCUCGCCCGAGGAGUCCGCUGCCUUCCUCAAGUCGGCACAGGAGUACCUUGACGCUAAGGAUGGAUGCCAGGGCUACUCGUACUUCGCCGUCGGCAGCUUCGAUGCUUCGGCCAACUUGCUGGGCACUGCUGACUCGCUCACUGCCACUGGUGAGGUGUACGUCUCGUAAGUGAAUGCAAGGCGUGGAGAGUGAGAGAAGGGGAUUGUGGCGUUUGCAUCUUUUGCCGGCGCAGUUGAAAAUUCUUCGUCUGUGGAUCUAGGGAAUCAGGGUUCAUCAUCAGGGGAUUGAUUGAUAUCAUCAUCAAAGGUUCCUGCACGCAUGUAUGAUAUGCGACUGCCUUAUCUCAUCCAUUAUAUUGUGUUUUGUUUAACUUCGCUUCUCCUUUGUACACUUCGGGGACGUGGGUUGGUGUAGCGAUAGCUGGUGUGUGUGUUGAGUACGGACGAGCAAUGAAGAGAGUG